UUUAAAGGCGUCGCCUAGGCGACGCCUAGGCGUCCAGGCGAGGAAAACUUCUGGGCGUCGGGGUCGCCUGCAUCGGCGCGUGUAAGGCGUCCGCCUUGGCUUACUAGGCGUCCGCCUUUCUCGAGUAGGCGUCCGCGCAUCACCGAGGCGCUCGAGGCGGACGCUUUGCUUGUGAAAAUCACGAGCGCGCGGAAAGAAACGGCGGGCGGGAAGAAAUCGCGCCCGCGCUAGUGCUUCCCACCUUCUACUUGCUGUGCGGGACAAAAUCAAUAGCGAUAGACUAGAGGGCGGGAGGUAGAGGAGAGAGAGGGAGAGGAAUUAGACAGUGGAACCAGAUCCCCGUCGCUCCGCCCCUUCCUAGGGCGGCGAUUCCCGCCGGCGGCGCAUCAAUUUCGCGCGGAGCGCAGCACUGCCGGCAGCUCCGCCCAUCUCUGGGCGUCGCCCCCCUCCAGCAGCAACUGGAGCCUGCCGUCUGCAACUCGAUUGAAGCCUGCCGGCCAUCAAAUCGACCCAUCUGCUCUGCGCCAAGCACUUGGACCCAUCUCCACCUGCCUUCCCGCCGACCCCAGCUCUGAUUUGUCUUCAGCCGGCCCCCAGCUCCAACCUGACUUCUCGCUAGGCACCUGGAAGCAAGCUGUAGCACAAUGGCAAGUCCACCUUCCAUCGCUAGCUAGUAUGAUCCCAAGACUGAUCCUGCUCGGAAGCCAAAAAGGUCUACAGAUCCAGGGUGGAAGUAUGCCUAUUGGCCAGAGCUUAGUAACAAAGAUAAGAUAGCAUGCCUUUUAUGUGGGGGGGGGGGAGGUUCGUGGAGGGAUAAAAAGGUUUAAGCAGCAUUUAGCAGGUGGCUAUGGAGAUGCAAAAAUUUGUCCCCAAGUGAGCACUGAAAUUAGGAGGGAGAUGACAGCUUACUUGGAGUCAAACAAGAGAAGAAGACCACUUUUCCUAGAGGAUGACAAUGGAGAAGUGGAAGUGGUGGAGGUGGCAGCAGAUGGGGCGCCUGAAGCUGAGGCACAGCAGGGAAAUGAAUCUUCCCAAGCUGCCAGGAUUCAUCCUAGUUCAGGGACAGCAGCCAAGCAAAGGCAAUCAACCAUACAAUUCAAGGCUGUCGGUAACAAGACUGCACAGCAAAAGAAAAAGACCAUUGUUGAGAUGCUUCGAAAAACACUAGAAGAGGUGGUAGAUGAGAGACUGUCAGGUUCUUAUUAGCCCACAAUUAAUGCAGCAGCAAAAAGCCCAGAGGAGAAGCAUUAUGUGGAUAUGCAGUGGGCUUUGUUCUUCUAUGAGUGUGGUGUACCUUUCAAUGCAGCAGCCGCAAGACAGUUUCAUAUUGCAGUAGAGGCCACAGCACAAUUUGGUUCUGGGUACAAGCCUCCAACACCUUAUCAACUUGGGGAGCCAUUGCUUAAAGAGGCUGUGAAGUCAACAAGUACCAUGAGGAAGGAUCAUGAGAGAGCAUGGAAACAGUAUGGCUGCACACUAAUGUCAGAUGGAUGGUCUGAUAAGAGAGGAAGGCACUUGAUUAACUUCCUAGUGAACAGCCCGGAGGGGACUUACUUCUUGGAGUCAGUCGAUGCAUCAAGUGAAGUGCAUGACGCAAACAUGCUUGCUAAUCUUCUAGAGAAAAAAGUUGAUGACAUUGGAAAAGACAAGGUUGUCCAAGUUGUUACUGAUAAUGGUGCAAUCUUCAAGGCAGCAGGCAAGCUUUUAAUGGAGAGAAUUCCUACAAUAUUUUGGAGUCCAUGUGCUGCUCAUUGUUUGGAUCUAAUGCUGGAGGAAAUUGGGAACUUGGAAGCAUUCAAGAAACACAUUGCUCGUGCAAGGCGUGUGACAACUUUCAUCUAUAGGCAUGGGAGGAUCCUUCAUGCUAUGAGGGAGAAGACAGGUGGGGCUGAUCUUGUUAGACCUGCAGCAACUCGUUUUGCAACUUACUUCCUUACUUUGAAGAGUUUGUACAAGCACAAAGAUCCCUUGAAGGCUUUAUUUGUGAGUGAAAAAUGGACUGGAAACAAAUUGGCAAAAACUAAAGCUGGUGAAGAUGUGCAUGACAUUGUCCUCUCUACGGAGUUUUGGAAUAAAAUUGAAGAUUGUCUUAGAGCUUCAGCCCCACUUCUUAUUGUGCUUAGGGUGGUUGAUGGAGAUGAAAAGCCAGCAAUGCCAGAGGUUCAAGCAUUAAUGGACCAUGCAAAGGAGAAGAUCAAGCUGAGCUUUGCCAUACCAUCCAAGAAAAGGUUGCUUGACAAGAUCAUGGAGAUAAUUGAGCGACGUUGGGAAAAACAAAUGGACCAUCCACUCUAUGGGGCUGCAUUGUAUUUGAACCCAGGGAAGCUGCAUCCUCUCAUAGAGAAAAAUGAUGAUGAAACUAUUGGACAGCUAAGAGGUUGCUUCCUAGAUGUUCUUGCAAGAAUGGUGGAGGAUGAAGAAACUAGUGACAAGAUCAAUGCUCAAGCCAUGGAUUAUGAAUGUCUUCGAGGAGAUGCGUUUUCAAACAAAAUGGCCAAACAAAACCUUGACUCAAUGAGCCCUCUUGAAUGGUGGCGUUCAUAUGGUGGCCGUGCUAUUGAGCUACAAAGGUUUGCUAGGCGUGUUGUCAGUCUUUGUGCUUCUUCAUUUGGUUGCGAGCGCAACUGGAGCACCUUUGAAUUUAUCCACACAAAGAAAAGAAACAGAUUGUUGCAUAAGAGGUUAAAUUCUACCGUCUUUGUUUCCUACAACCGGAAGAUGAAAACCAGGUUCCAAAAAUUGCGGCUAAAGAAAGGAAAAUGCUUUGAUCCAUUGGUUGUUGAGGAGUUUGAUUGGGAUAAUGAGUGGGCUGACUCACUGCAUGUACACCCUCAAGGUGGUCGUGGCUGUGAGUGUGACCUUACAUGGGACCAAGUUGAUGAAGUACUUGGAGCAUCAGAGUCACUUCGUGGCAGAAAUUUACCAAGAAGAGCCCACUACAAGCGUGCAAGAAAUUCUACACCUAUCAUGGUUCAAGAAGAGCUGGGUUCAGAAAAUGAAGAGGAUGAAGAUAAUCAAGAUCCCUAUGACGAUGCAGAUGUGAUGGAUUGUGAGGAUGAUCCUUGUGAUGCCAAUGGUGGUGGAGGAGAUGAGGCAGCCAGCAACAUCCUUGGAGAGUUUGACGAUGGCUAUUGACUUAUUGAGAGAUGAGACAUGAGAGAUUUCAGAUUUCUUUUGCUAUUCCAUAUAUAAUGUGCACUAGCAGCACUACUAAUUAAAUGGUGUCAUUAGAGACUAAUUUGGCUAUCGAGACAUCUUAGAUGUGCUACUUUGCUAUUUCAUAUUGUGCUCUAGUAGUCUAGUGCUAUAAUAGCACUACUUAUCAUCCUUGUUAUGGUCUAAAACUCUGUAUGUAUGCUGAAAAUUGGCAAUAUUAAGGACUAAUUUGCUUCUGAA